GCCGCCGCCGCCGCCGCCGCCACCACCACCGCCAUCACCACCAUGGCGUCGACCACCGACAAUCCUUUCCUGAACCCGGCUCGGCUGCCUGCGCCUUCAAAGGUUCGCGCACACGCGCGCAAGGUGUCGCGGUCUCCUGUUCGACAAGAUGUACGAGAGUUCGAUUCCCUCCUUCGCGAUCUCUCGCCCACCUCGACGCUUCGCGCCUUCGUGACCGAUCCCAACGACAGCGCCGACCUUCUCGUCACCGGCAUCAGAUCUGCCACCAUGUCAGAGCGAGGCUUGGGCGCAAAGGCAGCCCAGACCUGCCUUGACCUGCGCAAUUGGACGAGGGAGCUUGAGCACUGGGACUGGCCGGGCACAUUCGAGGAACCAAGGCUCGCGCGGAAACAAAAGCAGCUGGUGACACCGGUGGAUGGCCGGGAUUUCCACAGCUCUGAUGGAAGUACCUCGCAACACGAUGAAGAGUACUGGGGCAGCUUGCCCGCACGACUGGUGCGUGAAUACGAGAGGCGUGCUGACGAGAUUGGGCAAGGCCUCGAUAACAUCGACGUAGAGGAGCUCAAGAGCUAUGUACUAAACUCGCACUAUCGGCUCAACUCACAGACAUCCUUCAGCGGGACUGUUGCGGGCGGAAAUAGCAGUACAACCCUAGACUUCAAGAAGUUGGACGACUUCAUGGCUUUGGUUACUGCUACUAUUCUGCAGGCAUUGCCUUUUCUAUCGCGCUUAAAUCAGCUUCUGGAUCUUUGGACGAUGCGCUUGAUCAUACUACGAGAAGCACCACGCUUUCUCUGCGACUUGAAACGAGUCCAGACGGAUUUGGAGAAUUGCUGGGUAGCGAUUGCUCCUUCUCCAGAUGAUGCAGUUGUAGCAAAUGAUGGCAAGACAUUUACCCGAGCUACCCUGUCGGCCAUGAAAGUGAACAUUGAAACUCAAUUGGGAGUUUUGGGACGUCGAUUGGACCGCUUCCUCGAUUCUUUGGAGGCCAGAAACGAAUGUGUGCCGGACUCUUGGAUUGACGACUUCGAGUCAUGCGAAGCGAACUAUUCUAUGUGGGCAGUACAAGCGGAGAGGACCGCUAUUCGGGAUGAGUGCGGAAGUCAGCUUCGUUCAACGACAGAACGCCACAGCUCAGAGACCUCCCCAAAGUCUUCUAUAGACCCCACUGGCAUGCUGUCGAUUUCUGAAACAGAAGAUCCCAUAUCUGACAAUGAUGUUGUUCGCAGGCCAUCGCAGAGCCUUCGAUCCAGUAUCGAUGAGGCUCAAUUGGCCAAUUCUCUGCUCAUUCACAAAUCCAUUGCUCCUACCCAGACCGAGGGCGCUGAGCCUAGCGCCAACGAAUCGGGGAAGAACACCAGUAGAGCAGUGUCGGCACCCUUCCAGCCGAUCGCUAUCGGAAAUGAGAAUGAAGAUCAAACGUCUACCGUGGACCCCAUCAUCAAGAGGUCGGCAUCCACGAACUCACAGCCGAAGGAUGAGGCGACAGGUUCAGUCGCGGCGAAGCGCGCCGCUUUCAUUCGAAAUAUCGAGCGGAAUCAAUCUCUUAAUAAGUCGACCAUGAGCCCCGUCCGGCCUUUCGAGCGCGCCAGCAAUGCUUUCACGCGACUAUUCUCGAAAGAGAAGAUCCCAGAGCAGGUGCUAUCAAAGAGGACAACAAGCAAGUUAGCUGACGGUCGGAUCCCUUCGGUCGAAAGACGCGCGCUGUCGCCUGUCUCCCUUGCUAGUUCUAGACUCAGCUCCACCAUGAGCCCGCGACACUCAUUACAAUCUGCUGCGGACUCUUCUAAGAGCUCCGUGGAAGAUGCUGACGAAACAAAGCCCAGCGAGUCAUUAAGCAGAGAUUUGCUCCCUACACCCAAUGGUAGCUCAUCUCAGAUCGCUGGUCAGCGCACACAAGAUGUGCCUCUCGACGUCAGUCGUCCCCAAGAAACGUUGACACGCAGACCAAGCGGAAGCUUGUCUUCGUCGUUGAAUCCGCUCAAUGGGGAGAGUUGCGAUAUGGGCAGUGGACUGGAGACAGCUUCGAUGCCCAUAGCCACAGAUGUAUUGGACGGGACUUCAAUUGCAAGCCUUCACGAACCAAUACAUGAUGAGCGCAAAGCCGUACGAAUAUUCAAAGGCGCGAGACGUGUAUCAUUCCCUCCCUCUCAACGUCUAUCAUCUGCUGAUGUGCCAUUUCCGUCGAAGUCCACCGAGUGGACAUCCAUGCCCAGGUCAGAACGACGCGCAUCGGCCUCACCAGCGAGGUCUAGAACUGCAUCAGGGGCUGCUAUCACGGAGCCGAUCGAGAGGGUUCCAAUGCCACGUCGCGCAAGCCAUUGUGGAAUCGAUCAGCUUCAGACUAGGCCCAUGCAACUUAAUUCCGCAGACGCCUUACCGCGAAAGGUACUCAACGAUGCAGAGGCAACGACUGGCGAAAUCACGAGCAGUCCCAAGGUCAAACGGGCGUCAGUUGCAUCCAUUGAGGCUUUCUCGCGUUCCGAACUGAAAAGCAUCAACGUUCCCAAAAGUUCCCGCCAAAGUAGUGGUUCAUCUCGGAAUUCACCUCCCGAAACACCUGCGGUGCUUUCGCGAACCCAGUUAGGUCUCCAACAAGACGAGGGAGCGUCUGUAGAUGGUGGAGCGACAGCCUUCGGCCCAACGAACUCCUCCACGACGCCAGCGCCACAAUGCAAUGAGCCUUCGCCCUCUUCGGAACUCCGCACGCCACAAACCACUCGUUCAAACGAGGUGUUGGAGCGAACUUCAGUCUCACCCGAGAGAUCAGCGGAAUCGCAGCACAUCGUAAUGAAGAAGCUUCGUAGUGGCAAGCAUACUGGCACGCUGAAUGAUGCGUCUUCAAGCUCCUCGAGCACACAGGCAAACUCACCUGCGACAGCACCGAUGCACGCAGACCAGUUCGAUCGCCAUGUUUCCGAAGUUCUUGAGAGACUUCCCGCACCCAUACGCUUCAAGGCAAGAGCUGGCGCCGUGACCCCCGUCGGUCGGGUACGGGGCUUCAGGACGUCGCCUGCGGGUGUUCCGCCCAGAGGCGGAGACAUGACGAUCGCUCCAGCAGAAGCCUCCCCGAGGAAGGCUCGUACGGCUGCAGAUUCCGAGGUGAAGCUGUAUCAUCUUACCCAUAGCAGCAGAGAUGAUCCCAUCAAGCUCUUUGUGCGCUUGGUCGGAGAGGGUGAGCGGGUCAUGGUACGGGUGGGUGGGGGUUGGGCAGAUUUGGCGAGCUAUCUCUAUGAUUUUGCAAACCAUCACGGCAGCCGCACGGUCUCGGAGGGUAGCCUCGAAGUCAUUGCCGCACUGCCGACGGCGCCCUCGAGCAUCCGCAAGUUUAGUAAUCCAGCGGACUAUCACAGAGCGAAGACACCCACCACCCCUCGAGACGCCAGACCCGGUAGCAGUGACGAAGAUGACACGCCAUUGAGACCACGUCCCUUUGCCUCACGUGAGCGCACGGUCAGCGCUGUCCAAGUGCCCCUCGAUGCUGCGGCAGCCGCGAACUGCACGCCGAAGUCAUCCAAGUCGGGGUCUUCCGACUCGCGGCCUUCCACUGCAUGCACCUCGAGACCGUCUAGUAGACAGGGCCCGAGUUCGACCGCGGUGGAGAUGGGUCUCUCGGGCCCUUCGAGCGCCGCCAAGCGUGCAGACCUGCCUGCGGAGAAGGCGCGGUGGGUAGAGGGCAUGAUCACCCGAGCCAAGAAGAGUGCGAGUGCAGAGAAGAACAGGGAGGACAAGGAGAAGUACCUCAGCGAGUUGGGCAAAGUCGGAGGUACACGACGAGUGAUUUUUAAAUCUGGCACCGGCACCGGCACCGGGGCAUUGCACGAGAAGACAAGCAAAUAAUGCAUGUGGGUGUCAAGGGUUGGAAAGAGCAGCAGCAUAUACACCAUCCGGUUUGCACAGAUGACGGAUGUCAUGGCGGAAGACAGUACCUACCUUACUAAAUGAUACACAGAUUCAGAACCAG